AUGGAUCCACACAAUCCAAAUUACUAUGACCUAAAUUGGUGCCCCGAUCUAUCCGACGAAUAUCAUCCCGAUUUAUCGGGGUGUAACUUGGGGGAUGCUCCUCAGUCCGGCGAGGAGAUGCCUUCGGCAGCCCAUAGUGUCGCCAAACCGAAGAAAGGCAGCCGGAGGAAAGAAGUCGCCCACAAGAUCCGGCAUGACAGGCAGGCGCCGGUGGCGGAGGAGGAGGUGGCGGAGGCUGACGGAGGAAAGACUAUCCGUCAUACCUACACCCCUGAGGAGACGGACAUCACGGUCCAAAUUUGGAUGGAGGAGACAAACGACGCCAUCCGUGGGAAAAAUCAAAAGGGGUACGAUUACUGGAAGAGGAUCGUCGCCCGUGUCAACCCCAUCAUCGGCGCCAACCUUAAGCACCGCCAGAUUCAAGGGCACUGGACCCGAGUGGCCCAAGAGAUGCGGUUGUGGGAGAGUAUUUGGGUGGAGGCGCGCAGCAGGUGGCCGUCCGGCCAUUCUGACGAUAUGCUCCGGGACAAGGCCCAAACUCUUUUCAAAAGUCGGAGCGCAAAUAACGCCUCCUUCAACUACUGGAAUGCGUGGAGAACUCUACGGAACAACCACAAGACAAAGACGACAGAGGAGGGCGCCUUCACCACCUCGGCGUCGGGUGAGGAGAUCUCUUCUGCUCGGCCGAUUGGGAACGCGGCGGCGAGGGCGGCGAAAGCGAAGGGGAAGGGGAAGGCGGCGGCAAGCUCCGAGCAGCCAUCGGAGUACAAAGAGGCAUUGGAUCGGUCUGAUCAGAACUUGAAAAAAAUCACAGCCGAAUAUGCCAAAAAGAACGAGCUCAAGGAGAGGGAGCUCGACAUGCAACUCCUCAGUCUGGAUACAUCGCAUAUGAGCGAUGCACAGAGGAUGGCCCACGAGCACAUGGUCCAAGAAAUGCUCAAGCGUCGUGGUCUUAUCUAG